AUGACAGACACAGGACUCCCUGAACAUUGGACUAUCAGAUACAGUAAAUCCAAAAAAAGAGAAUACUUUUUCAACAGUGAAACCAAGAAAUCACAAUGGGAAGCACCUGCCAAUACAGACAUCAAUCAACUGAAAAAGUUCCUGACUACGAAUCCAACUAAAGUCCAUUGUCUUCAUAUCCUUAUUAAGCACAAAGAUUCUCGGAGACCUGCAUCACAUAGAUCAACUAAGAUAACUAUAUCCAAGGAGGAUGCAAUUAAAGAAUUACAAGAGAUUCAAGGAAGACUGAAUUAUGGUAAUGAAGAAGAAACCUCGAAAAAGACAGAAGACAGUAGCGAGAAGGAGGAUGUUAGUAGUGGUCGCAGUGCUGGUACUAAAGACAAUGUGGAUAAGACAGUUCAUCAUAAAGACAAAGAUUCAUUCGAGAAUAUUGCACGCGAAAGAUCUGAUUGCUCAUCUUAUAAAAGAGGUGGUGAUCUUGGAUGGUUUGGGCGCGGAGAAAUGCAGCCAAGCUUCGAAAAAGUUGCAUUCUCUUUGCCUAUUGGUAAGAUCAGUGACAUUGUCGAGACUGACAGUGGUGUUCACUUAAUUAAAAGAAUUGGUUAA